GUGGCCGCGCCCCAGAGCGGCCCGUGCGUCAGGCGGCGCUCUGACCUUGCGGGUUUGCCUGGUCGUGUGUCUCCGCUGCUCCCGGCCCGCCUGCCCCUCACUCGCCGGGAAGAUGGCUGCCGUACGCAGGGCCCGCAGUUACUCCCGCUGCGUGGUGCGCUUCUCCGACCGAGAACUCUGCUAAUUCCCCCCCACGCCACGGGGAGGACGCACGGACCGAGCAGGGAGGGGGGGCAGAGACCCCCGGGACGGGGCAGCGCCACCCGAGCGCUGGCAGCAUGGCAGAAGCUGAAGAAGAUUGUCACUCUGAUUUGGUAAGAACCGAUGACAGUGAAAGAGCUGGUGAAGCAAACCUUCGGGCAGAGCUCCAGAUGUUCAGAGCUCAGUGGAUGUUUGAGCUUGCCCCAGGUGUCAGUUCUAGUGGUCUGGAACCUCAGCCAUGCAGAGCAUCUUCCAGAGGACCUGUCGUGAAGUCUGGAGAUGCCAGAGGGAAGCAGGAGAUAGCAAAAGAGGAAAAGGCAAAAGAACUUUUCCUGAAGGCAGUGGAAGAAGAGCAAAAUGGGGCCCUUUAUGAAGCCAUCAAGUUUUAUCGUCUAGCCAUGCAGCUUGUACCUGACAUAGAGUUUAAGGUCACCUAUACACGGUCCCCAGAGAGCGAUGGAGUUGGAAAGAGGUGUGUUGAGGAUAACACAGAGGAUGACAAAAUGACUGAUCUCUUGACGGAUUUCCAGCAGCAGUUAACUCUUCAGGAAUCUUCAGUCAAACUUUGUCAGCCUGAGGUUGAUGUCAGCCAGACCCAUAUCUCAGGUUACCAUCUAACAAGGAUUUCUUGUCUCUGUGCAGUGUUGCCUAUGGAAGUAUUAAUGUACAUUUUCCGAUGGGUGGUUUCGAGUGACUUGGACCUAAGAUCAUUAGAGCAAUUAUCCCUCGUUUGUCGAGGAUUUUACAUCUGUGCCAGAGAUCCUGAAAUCUGGCAUCAAGUCUGUUUGAAAAUAUGGGGCAGGAGCUGCAAUAAACUUGUUCCAUAUAGUUCUUGGAGGGAAAUGUUUUUGGAGAGGCCUCGUGUUCGAUUUGAUGGUGUAUAUAUCAGCAAGACAAAGUACAUACGUCAAGGAGAACAAUCUCUUGAUGGUUUCUAUAGAGCGUGGCACCAAGUGGAAUAUUACAGGUAUUUGAGAUUCUUUCCAGAUGGUCAAGUUAUGAUGCUAACAACUCCUGAAGAUCCUCCAUCUAUAGUUCCUCGCUUACGGACUAAAAAUACAAGAACGGAUGCAAUCUUGCUUGGCCAUUAUCGCCUUUCCCAAGAAACAGACAAUCAAACCAAAGUAUUUGCUGUAAUAACAAAGAAAAAGGAAGAGAAACCAAUUGACUACAAAUACAGGUAUUUCCGCCGUGUUCCUGCCCAAGAGACAGAUCACAGUUUCCAUGUAGGACUGCAGUUGUGCUCCAGUGGGCGCCAGAGGUUCAACAAACUUGUCUGGAUACAUCAUUCUUGUCACAUAACUUACAAAUCGACUGGUGAGACAGCUGUUACUACUUUCGACAUUGACAAAAUGUACACCCCUUUGUUCUUUGCACGAGUGAAGAGUUUUACCGCAUUUUCAGAAAAGCCGCUCUAAGAAACAGCUUUUCCGCUCACAACUCUUGCAUGAAUAAAAGGUUGUAGCUCAUGAGCACUUAAGUUAUAAAUGUGUGUAUAUUUGGAACAUUUUAAAGUUCCCGGGAAUUUUUUGAAGACAGUAUGUUCUAUUUGGUUUUAUGAACGGCUGGGGUUUCGUUUUGAGAUCAAGCUUCUUAUGAGUACUGAACACCUUAUUUUGUGACAAGAGUUUGAUAACAAAGUUUCGUGGUCUGGGUUUUUUUAACAGAUUUUAUAAUUCAGUCUGCUUAAAAUGUGAGUCUUCAUCUGCUUGGACACUGGUUUGUCCAAAAGGAAUUGUUAUAGGAAAAUCUCCCUGUCCAUGGGAUGGUGUGUGUGGUCUCUGGUGAAGGCUUGAAAUGUGAAGGGGAAAAAGUUGUCUUACAUCUGUUAAACUGUGUGACUUAAAAGAACUUCAAAUAAAUGUUUUCUUUAAAUGAAACAUAUUUAUUUCCUUUGCCUUUAAGAUCUGGCAUCUUGUGAACAUCAACCUUAAAAGAAAACUCUCAAGGGCAAGCACAAAGUGUAAAGUUUAACCACAGAGGUACAUCCCCACCAAUGCAGUGAUGUCACUUGGUCAGAAAUGUAAUCCGACCUUGGUAGAAGUUCAGUGGAGCCUGCCUUCCCCACAGGAUGGGCACAAAGGGGAGAGGGACACAGGCUUGUUGUCUUGCACUAUAGGACGAGUUUUCAGGGCACGUGGCUCUGCUUGGGGGGUGUUGCAGUGUGGUGGUGAAGUGCUGGCUUGUGCCGCCUGUGCGUGGGCUGGGCCUGAGUGCACAGGUAAGUAGGGCUCCCUUGGACGUGGCUUUAACCUGCUAUAACCCCUCACCUAACCUUGCUACAGAUGCUGUAAACCCUAUGAGCGUUCGUUGUACUAAGAUAAAUGUUGAGGCUGCUGUAGAUGUUCAGGUGCUGUGUGUUGCUCUUCAUGAAGUGUACCUUGAGGUUUGGUGCAGGUGCUGUACGCUGCUUCUCCCACAUAUGUCACUUGGGGGUGUAAGUGCAGACACUGUAACGCCGCUUAUUAUAUGUGUAUCUUGGAUUCUGGAAGAACUGAAGCUUUUUAGUGUAGUUUUUUAAAAGGCAUUUUGCAUCAUAAUUUACCUUUGAACAUCUCGUUUCAAAAUAGUGACCUGGACAUGAGGACUAAAAUGUGAAAGCUGUGGAAAGAACUGUACUUGUUACAUAAUUUAUAAAUUGUAUCUUUGCGAGGAGCAACGUGAUUAAAAAUACAUCAAUAAAACAUGAUUUUGAA